CCAAUCACCGGUUCAUCUCUCUCUGAAUUAGAUCUCAAACCCUCAGGUCGUCUUCGCGUCUCCUGUGUCGCGACUCUGCCGUCUGCUAAGGCCUUUCGCAGAGCUCGCGAUAUGGCGAUCCGCAUCACCCUUUUCCAGAGCAUAGCUAGGUUCAACAACCGCCGGCUCUUCCACCGCUCACCAACUCAUGCUCAAGCUGGCGUCGCUUUGUCCCUCUCCAAGCAGCUCCUUCUCCCCGACUCCUCCAAACUCUCCAACGUCGUCUUCUCCCCGCUUUCCAUCCACGUGGUCCUCAGCAUGAUCGCCGCCGGCUCCACAGCGGGCAGUGGCACCCGGUCAGAGCUCCUGUCCUUCCUCAAGUCCCCGUCCCUGGGCCGCCUCAACUCUUUUGCCUCCAAGGUCGGCUCCGUCGUCUUCUCGGACGGCAGUCCCGCCGGUGGCCCGAAGCUCUCCUUCGUCAACGGCCUCUGGCUCAACGUCCCCCUCAAGCCUUCCUUCAAACAGGUGGUUGACACCUCUUACGGGGCAGCCACCCAUCUAGUCAAUUUCAGAACCAAGGCUGCGGAAGUGACCCAUCAGGUGAACUCGUGGGCCGAGAAGAAGACGAGUGGCCUUAUCCAGGAUCUUCUGCCCCCUGGUGCUGUAACUUUCUUAACUCGACUGAUCUUUGCAAAUGCUCUAUACUUCAAAGGGGCCUGGAAUGAGAAGUUUGACCUGUCCUCAACAGAGGACGCCGAAUUCCAUCUUCUCAAUGGGAGCCGCGUUCAGGUUCCCUUCAUGACCAGCAAGAAGAGGCAGGCAGUGAGAGCCUUCGAUGGGUUCAAAGUCCUUGAGCUUCCUUACAAGCAAGGCAGUGGGGACCAAAGGAGAUUUUCCAUGUACUUGUACCUUCCUGAUGCGGAGGACGGGCUGCCAGCUCUGGUGGAGAAGCUCUGCUCGGAGCCUGGGUUUUUGGACCGCCAUCUUCCUCAGUGGAAGGUGGCAGUGGGCGACUUCAGGAUCCCAAGUUUCAAGAUCUCACACAAGUUUGAAGGCAGAAGUGUUUUGCCAAAGCUAGGAGUGAUCCAACUCUUCGGUGCAGGGGGUCUGACCGGGAUGGUGAACCCUCCCAUGGAUCAAGGCCUCCGAGUUUCAGAAAUUUUCCACGAGUCCUUCAUUGAAGUGAACGAGGAAGGCAGCAAAGCUGCGGCUGCCACAGCUGCCGUUAUAGGUGUGAGGGGCUCCUUGCCAGUCAGCAGGGUGGACUUCGUGGCGGACCAUCCAUUCAUGUUCCUUAUCCGAGAGAACAUGACUAGGACGGUUCUAUUCGUUGGUCAAGUCCUCGAUCCUUCAACUUCCCCGAGCAUAAGGAGAGCGCACUAGGUCUAUUUUGAUUAUGUUUCUGUCUCGUUUAUUUUUCAAUAAAUCUUUUAGGCCUAUGUUUUAUGUUUUUAGAUUUUAAGUUGGGCAAUUAGGGACUAUAAUAGUUAAUGUGAAAUAAUUGAUAUAAAUAAUCUCAAUUAUCAAUCUAUUUACAAUAAAGUUUUUUUAAAA